AUGGGUGGCGCGCUGCUGCUGGCGCUGCUGGCGGCGGCGCGGGCCGGCGAGCCCAACGCGACCCUCGAAUACCCCUCCCCUUCACCCUCCACCGAACCAGAAGACAAACCUGCCCCGCUCUUCCCCACCGAUCUCUUCACAGAGGAACAGAGACGGUCCGGAGCCGUCCUGCUACACGUGCUAGGCAUGGGCUACAUGUUCGUCGCGCUCGCCAUAGUCUGCGACGAGUUCUUCGUCCCGUCUCUGGACGUCAUCAUCGAGAGGCUAGCGAUCCGUGAUGACGUCGCCGGCGCCACGUUCAUGGCCGCCGGGGGCUCCGCGCCCGAGCUGUUCACCUCCAUCAUAGGCGUCUUCGUGUCGUUCGACGACGUGGGCAUCGGGACGAUAGUAGGCUCCGCCGUGUUUAACAUUUUGUUCGUGAUCGGUGCGUGCGCGCUGUUUUCCCGCACGACGCUGUCGCUGACUUGGUGGCCGUUGUUCCGCGACUGUUCCUUUUACUCGAUCAGUCUGCUCGUGUUGAUAUACUGUUUCGCGGACAGCCACAUCUACUGGCAAGAGGCCCUGGUGCUGUUUUCUCUGUACGGGGCGUACGUGAUGUUCAUGCGGUGGAACCAGCCGGUGGAGCGGGCGGUGAAGAAGCUGAUCUACAAGAACAAGGUGACGCGCGUGAGGAGUACAGAUCAGCUGAUGCCCACGCACCAGUCAGCCGCUCAGACGUUGCACGGCAACGCGACGACGUCAUCAGAGACGUCCGUGGGGACUAACACGGCGGCUGCUCCUACCCCUGGGUCCAGUAAAGCGCCUCCCGCGGCCAAGUUCCGCCAUGGUCUGCUGCAACUCAUGAUUCACACCAUCGACCCGAUGCACGACGGUGAGUUAGGUAAAGUGGACGAGAAGGCGACACAGUUGCAUGCGAUAGCCUCUCUGAAGGUACUUCUCGAAGCCACGAAGCCGAAUGCUGGCGGCGCCGGCGCAACGGCCGCGAGGCACUCCGCCGCCGCCACCACGGCCAAGGAGACGCCGCUGGACCUCCCGAAUGGAGGCCUAGCAGACGUCCAAUUAGAUGCUAUAGAAGAGAUAGGAGACCUGGAGGAGGACACGACUCCGUUGGACAUGUCCUGGCCUUCUGGGUUCCGCAAGCGGCUGACGUACCUGUUGGUCGCGCCCAUUGUCUUCCCCUUAUGGAUCACCCUCCCGGACACGCGGACUCCGAGAGGGAAGAACCUAUUCCCUGUAACAUUUAUAGGGUCAAUAGUGUGGAUAGCAUUUUUCUCCUACCUAAUGGUGUGGUGGGCUAACGUGGCGGGGGCGACGGCGCAGGUCCCUCCAGAGGUGAUGGGGCUGACGCUCCUGGCUGCGGGGACUUCGGUCCCGGACCUGAUUACAUCGGUGAUCGUGGCGAGGAAGGGUUUCGGAGACAUGGCCGUCUCUAGCUCAGUCGGUAGCAAUAUCUUUGAUGUCACUGUUGGGCUCCCUCUGCCCUGGCUUCUGUACGGGUUGAUCAACGGCGAACCCGUACAGGUAAACUCCAAAGGCAUGGUCUGCAGCAUCGUCCUCCUGUUCGCCAUGCUGAUCUUCGUUAUCAUCAGCAUCGCCUGCUUCAGGUGGAAGAUGAAUAGAGGCCUUGGCUUCACCAUGUUCCUGCUCUACUUCGUCUUCGUCGCCGUCAGUUUAGGACUAGAGUACGGAUACUUACAUUGUCCCAGUGAAUAG